AUGAAAGAUUCUGAAGAAAAUAAGGGAGGUAUAAAAUGCUAAAUAUGCAAAAAUAAUCCAGUUACUCUUGUUCUAGUAAAUAAAAGAAUACUGGAUAACUAAAGAUUAUUGUGUGACCGUUGUUAUCACAGUUAUAAAGGAAGCGAAAAUUCAAAAAGUUAUUAGAAUUUAUUAGGAGAAGUGCAUCAAAAAAACGAGCUAAAAGAGAUAUAAAGAAAGACAAUUGCUGAUUAGCAGAUUAAAUCCAUUAAAAUAUUAUUAUAGUUACUAAAUUCGUAUAAAGAUGAUCUCAUGAAUAAAAUAGAUAACUUAGUCUAUUGGGUAAAUUAGUGGAUUAAAAUAAUUGAGAAAAUUAAAAAUGAUCAUCAAAAUAGUAAUUUUUCUGAUGAAAUUGAUUCUCUUUUAUUUCCAAAUUAUAUAUAGGAGCAAAUGGAAGUUCUGAUGUUUAAACGCCGAAUCAAAUAUUGGAAUUUUUAGUAUUGCAAUUAAUUUAUAAUUGCCAUUCAAAAUUUUGCAAAUGCAUCGAAAUUACAAGAAAGCUACAAACUCUUAGUAGAUGCUUUAUUUUCGAUUGAACAAAAGAUUGAAACGAAACCUUCUGAUAUAAUAAAAGCAUUAAAUGAUAAAACAUGCCCUUUGCAUUAAGAAACAAUAAAUAGAGUGUACUAUCAAAAUUUGCAAAAUCCAAUAGGAAUAUUAUGUAACAGUUGCGAAAAUAAAUAUGGGGAGGAGUCUUUGGAAACUUUUGGUCAAAAUUGGUCAAAAUUUCUGAAGAAGAAGGAAGGAGGAUUGGAAAAAUUCAACCAAUUUUUGAAAGAGAAAAUUAAACAAAAUAUUGAGAUCCAAAUAAAAAAUUAAGUUUAAAUAAAUUCUUUUUACAAUAAAGGAAUAAAUAAUUUAGUUUAAACUGGAUCAAUAGAAUUGUAAAAACAAUUCAAAGAAAUAGAAGAGCUAAAAAUAAUUGAACGAGACUUGAAGAUUGAAAUCAUGAUCUCAAGUAUCUUAUAAUUUAAUAAUUUAAAUAAUUUAAGAUUUGAUUAAAACAGAUAAGAAAAUUAAAUUAUUACUCAUUCUAAUCCAAUAAUUCAAAUAGAUACAAUUUUGAAAGAGUAAAUUAAAAAAAAUUCACCAUUUUUGGAUGAUAAAUCUAAUUUUUUAUAUGAUGUGAAUUUUGAUCUGGCUCUAUAUGGACCUGUUUAAUGGAAGCUAGUAUCUUAAUGUGAAAACGAGAAUUGUACUGUAAUAGCAAUUAAUUCUUCUAAAUAACUAAUGGUUACUAAUUAAGGCAACAAAAUCAAUAUAUAUCAACUAAAAUAUCCAAAUUAGGAAAAUCAACUAAAGUAACUAUCUUGGGAAAAAAAAUUAUAAGUUCAUAAACAGCAUAAUGAGUUAUCCAUAACUUGUAUGAUCCACAGUAAAUAAUACAAUUCAUUUGUUACUGCGGAUGAGUAGCUUGUCAUUUGGAAAUAUUGUGAUAAGAUAGAUGUGUGUCAAUAACUAGUUAUUGAAAAAUAAAAUGGCUAUAUUAAUUGUUUAAUAAUCAAUAAAAAUGAGACUUAAUUAUUUAGUGGAGGAAAACAGAUACAAGUUUAUCAUCUCAAUUUUGAAACAUAUUCCGUAAAGUAUGAAUACUCUUUAAUAGAACAUAAAGAAAAAGUUUUGAGUUUAAGCUUAAAUGACUCUGAAACAUACUUGAUAUCAUAUAGUGCAGAUAAAUUGAUAAAUAUUUGGUUUAAAGGAGAAAAAAAAUGGAUAAUUAAGUAGAGUCUUAAAAUAAAUUUAUAGGAAUAUAGUAAUACAAUAUCUUUUAUUAAAAAUGAUUUAUUUAUUUUGGUUACAGAUCUCAUCACACAUAAGAAAAAUAUAAUUAGUUUCUAUAAAAAAACAGGAAGUGACAAUCCAUUUUAGGAAUAAGUAAAGGAAUAGUUAUAAAUAAAGUAUUAGUCUGAGGAUGAUAAAAAGAAUCUUGAUUAACCUGGAUUUCCUAUUAUUUAAAUAGAAAAUAAAAAUCUUAUAUUUAUAAAGAAUAGAAACUAUAUCUAUACUAUAAGAUAGGAAUUAGAUGGAUUAUAUGAAACAACUCAGAAGAUUAUGGAAUUUUCAAGUUCUUCUAUAUUUGGUAACUCACUAUACAUCCCAGAGAAAAACGAAUUAUAUUUGGUUAUUUGGGAUAAAAUAUUAAAAACCUAUCAAAUUAUGAUCUGA